AUGUCUGUUAAAGCCGCAGAAAACUUCUCGAGAGAGUCCCUCGAGCAGAUCCUCAAAAGACGUUUCUUCUACGCUCCUUCGUUCGAAAUCUACGGAGGUGUCUCUGGUUUGUACGACUACGGUCCUCCAGGAUGCGCCUUCCAGGCCAACAUCAUCGACACCUGGAGAAAGCACUUUGUGUUGGAGGAGGACAUGUUGGAGGUCGACUGUACCAUGUUGACUCCAUACGAGGUGUUCAAGACCUCGGGCCAUGUAGACAAGUUUGCCGACUGGAUGUGUCGUGACUUGAAGACCGGAGAGAUUUUCCGUGCCGACCACUUGGUCGAGGAGGUGUUGGAGUCCCGUUUGAAGGGCGACAAGGCCGCCAGAGGCCAGGCUGUAGUAGAGGAGGAGGACGACGAUAAGAAGAAGAGAAAGAAGAAGGUGAAGGAGAUUAAAAACGUAAAGUUAGACGAUGAGGUUGUAGAGGAGUACGAGACCGUUUUGAACAAGAUCGACGGUUACUCUGGUGAGGACUUGGGUGAGUUGAUCAAGAAGUACAACAUCGUCAACCCCGCCACUGGUGGUCCAUUGGAGCCUCCUGUGCAAUUCAACUUGAUGUUUGAGACCGCCAUUGGUCCUUCUGGCCAAUUGAAGGGUUACUUGCGUCCUGAGACCGCACAAGGUCAAUUCUUGAACUUCUCCAAGUUGUUGGAGUGCAACAACGAGAGAAUGCCCUUCGCUUCUGCCUCCAUCGGUAAGUCGUUCCGUAACGAAAUUUCUCCUAGAGCCGGUUUGUUGAGAGUGCGUGAGUUCUUGAUGGCCGAGAUCGAGCACUUCGUCGACCCAGAGGAAAAGACCCACCCUAGAUUCGCCGACGUCAAGGACACCAAGUUGAGCUUCUUGCCAAAGGGUGUCCAAGAGGCUGGUUCCAACGAGUUGAAGGUCACCACUGUCGGCGACGCUGUUGCCACCGGUAUGGUCGACAACGAGACCUUGGGUUACUUCAUUGCCCGUAUUCAUGCUUUCUUGCUUAAGAUUGGUGUUGACCCUGCUAGAUUGAGAUUUAGACAACACAUGUCCAACGAAAUGGCCCACUAUGCCUCUGACUGUUGGGACGCUGAGUUGCAAACUUCUUACGGCUGGAUUGAGUGUGUCGGUUGCGCCGACCGUUCCGCAUACGACUUGAGUGUCCACGCCGCCAGAACCAACGAGAAGUUGGUGGUUAGAAAGCCUUUGCCUGAGCCUGUGACUGUCGAGAACUUCGAGGUCGACUUGGACAAGAAGAAGUUCGGUCCUAAGUUUAGAAAGGAUGCCGGUGCUAUCCAAAAGUUCUUGUUGGAGCGUACCCAAUGCGAGUUGGAGGACUUGUCCAAGGAAUUGGCCGCCAACAACAAGAUUGCUGUUGAUAUCAAGGGUGUCGGUAGCUUCGAGGUCGAGUCUGACUUGAUCAAGAUUGCCAAGGUCCAACGUGUCGAGCACGUCAGAGAGUUCACCCCGAACGUCAUUGAGCCAUCUUUCGGUAUUGGCCGUAUCAUCUACUCUAUUUUCGAGCAUCUGUUCUGGAGUAGGCCAGAGGACAAGGACCGUUGUGUUUUGUCCUUGCCUCCUUUGGUGGCUCCAACUAAGGUCUUGGUGGUCCCAUUGUCCAACCACGCUGAUUUGGCUCCUCUUGUUGCCAAGAUCACCAGCGCCUUGAGAAAGGAGCAAGUUCCAUUCAAGGUUGAUGACUCUUCUGCCUCCAUCGGUAAGAGAUACGCCAGAAACGACGAGUUGGGAACUCCAUUCGGUAUCACUAUUGAUUUCGAGACCGUCAAGGAUGGUUCCGUUACCUUGAGAGAGAGAGACUCCACCAAGCAGGUCAGAGGUGAUCUUGCAGACAUUGUCAAUGCUAUCAAGGAGAUCACCUACAAUGGUGCUUCUUGGGCUGAAGGUACCAGCAAGCUUGCUCCAUUCGAGACCGCUGUUGAGGAGUCGUAA